AUGUCAGAAGCGUAAAAAAAGCCAAAGAUCUCUGCGUCUCGCAGGUUGCUUUUAAAGACCAAACUGCUGAAGAAAGCAGGAGCCAUGCUGCUGGCUGAGAAGGAGGAGAAGAGGGUGGAGAGGGAGAACACCCUGAACGAGCGCGUUCCCCCUCUCAAACUGGCGGGGUUAUCCGUACAGGAGCUGCAGGAUCUUUGUAAAGAACUGCACCGAAAAAUUGAUGCCGUAGAUGAACAGCGCUAUGACAUCGCUGCUAAAGUGGCCAAGAAUGACAAAACGAUAGAAGACCUGUCUCAGAAAAUCACUGAACUGAAAGGCAAAAUGAAGAGACCCAACCUGAGGAGGGUGAAGAUCUCUGCAGACGCCAUGCUGGGGGCUCUGCUCGGCUCCAAACACAAGGAGUCCAUCGACUUCAAGGCCAACCUCAAGACUGUCAAGAAGGAGGAGGAGAAGAAGGAAGAGGUGACUGACUGGCGUAAGAAUGUGGAUGCCAUGUCUGGCAUGGAGGGCAGGAAGAAGCUGUUUGAUGCUGCCCAGUGA